AUGGGGGGGGGGGAGUGGGGAGAACAACACCAGUGGGUGAGCUCUGGGAAUGUGCGUGGGUAUAACUUUGGUCGCACGAACGUCAACUGCUCCAUGCUGCUCGACCGGGAGAGGCGAGUGACGGAGAAUGCAGCAUACGACAUCUUCACCAGUGUCCAGGACGGAUGCAAGUCAGUCGCUUCCCCAGUGAACGGCUGGUACCUACUUCAGUGCCUUGCCAGCACCGCACACAUCACACAGAGGAAGCCGAAGGAUGAGUGGGGCAUGUUUGUCUCCUAA